CCUGCAGAGUGAGUGCAGGUCCCCAGGGUGUCCUCUUCCAUAGGUGGAGGUGAUUUUCAAGGUGUAGGGUGGUGCUGUAUUUGGGGGGCUUUUCUUUCACUUUUUCCGGGGGGAAGGUGAAAGUUUAUUAUUCUAUAUUUUUUUUUAUACAUCUAUAUAUAUUUUUUGUAUAUAAUUUUUUUGCCACCUGUUAAUCAUCAUGACUGCGGCUUCCCCGGAUUACCUGGUGAUUCUGUUCACGACCACCGCGGGGGCAAACUGUGCCAAGCUGGGCUCCGACGAGAAGGAGGUCAUCCAGCUCUUGUGGAAAGUGAUCGACCUGGCCAACAAGGAGGUGGGGGAGCUGCACGACGUGAAGGUCCGACCUGACCACCUGGACCUGACAGAAGAAUGCAAGGAAGCCACGAAGAUCGAGGCCGAGAGCCUGUACCUGGCCCCACAGCUCGAGCAAGCCCUGCAGCAGUUCAACCAGUCAGUCGGAAACGAGAUAAACAUUGGUGUGGGCACUUCUUUCUGCUUGUGCACUGAUGGGCAGCUUCACAUCAGACAAGUGUUACACCCCGAGGCCUCCAAAAAGAACAUCUUCCUUCCUGAAUGUUUUUACUCCUUCUUUGACUUGAGGAAAGAAUUCAAGAAAUGUUGCCCAGGAUCCAGUGAGACGAGUGAACCUGACGUCGCCACAAUGGCAGAUUACUUGGGUCUGGAACAACAGGACAUGGAGGUCCCUCAUGGAGCUUCAGAGGUGGACGCAAUGGGAGACAUUAUUGUGACGCUGAUUUCAAAACCCUACAAUCACAAAUUUUCAGACCCUGAAAGAGUAAACUACAAAUUUGAGUCUGGUACUUGCAGCAAACUGGAGAUAAUUGAUGAUAACACCAUAAUCCGUGCCAGAGGUUUACCAUGGCAGUCAUCAGACCAGGAUAUCGCCCGAUUCUUCAAGGGCUUAAAUAUCGCAAAGGGUGGAGCUGCCCUCUGUCUCAAUGCCCAGGGACGAAGAAAUGGUGAAGCUUUGGUCAGAUUUGUCAGUGAGGAGCACAGAGAUUUGGCACUGCAGAGACACAAGCAUCACAUGGGCAACAGAUACAUUGAGGUGUACAAAGCAACUGGGGAAGAUUUCCUGAAAAUAGCUGGAGGUACAUCCAAUGAAGUUGCUCACUUUUUGUCCAAAGAGAACCAGGUGAUCGUACGCAUGAGAGGGCUGCCCUUUACUGCCACUGCUGAGGAGGUGCUGACGUUCUUUGGCCAACAUUGCCCCGUAACUGGAGGCAAAGAAGGAAUUUUGUUUGUUACAUACCCUGACGGCAGGCCGACAGGAGACGCAUUUGUGUUAUUUGCCUGUGAGGAAUAUGCGCAGAACGCAUUAAAGAAGCACAAGGACUUGCUGGGCAAGCGAUAUAUUGAGCUGUUUAGGAGCACAGCCGCGGAGGUGCAACAGGUGCUGAACAGAUACUCUUCUGCUCCUCUUAUCCAACUCCCGACGCCCCCAAUCAUUCCUGUACUACCUCAGCCGUUCAUUCCUCCGGUCAACAUCAGAGACUGUAUACGUCUUCGAGGGCUUCCAUACGCUGCCACUAUUGAGGACAUUUUGGAGUUUCUGGGUGAAUUCUCAGCUGAUAUCCGGACACAUGGAGUACACAUGGUGCUAAACCACCAGGGUCGGCCAUCGGGAGACUCGUUCAUUCAGAUGAAGUCAUCAGAGAGGGCUUUUCUGGCGGCUCAGAAGUGUCACAAGAAGACCAUGAAGGACAGAUAUGUGGAGGUGUUUCAGUGUUCUGCAGAGGAGAUGAACUUUGUCUUAAUGGGGGGAACUUUAAAUCGCAAUGGCUUGUCCCCACCGCCAUGUAAGUUACCAUGUUUGUCUCCCCCGUCAUACACCUUCCCAGCACCAACGGCCGUUAUUCCCACAGAAGCAGCCAUCUACCAGCCCUCCUUACUCCUCAAUCCCCGUGCCAUGCAGCCAUCUGCUGCGUAUUACCCAGCGGGCGCACAGCUCUUCAUGAACUACACUGCAUACUACCCAAGUCCCCCAGGUUCUCCAAGCAAUCUUGGGUUCUUCCCAGCCACAGCGGCUGCCAGCAGUAUCCCCCCUCACAAUGGAGCCACAUUGCUGCGCAUGCAAGGACUGGCCUACAACUCUGGUGUAAAAGAGAUUCUGAAUUUCUUCCAAGGUUACCAGUAUGCCCCAGAAGACGGUAUGCUCCCAGUAACUGACCAGGGCAGGACCUUGCUCACCCACCCAAAGGAAUGGGUGUGUAUAUAAAAGUCUUCCCAGCACUUAUGUAGAAGAGGUUUUCCUCGACCAGUUAAACUGUACAUUGUCACUUUGCUAAACAGGAAGCUCCUGGCCAUUUUAUUUUUAUUUUUUAUUUCUGACCAUGGCCAGGAAGGAAUUUUGGGCAAAAUGAAGCUGUGGAAAUUGCAGUCUACCCUCCCAAGACUUCAAAAACAUGAGAAUAGACCAAGUGGAUAGAUAAAUCUACCAAUGUGCUAAAUUAGUAAAACCCCCGCAAUGAGAUCAGCCAGUUAUUGAUGGCCAUUUAAAGGGGAAUGACUUCUCUACUGACCUUUUUCGACAUGUUGAAGUAGCACUAACCGGCAAAACAUAAGGAAUUUCCACGCCUAGAAAAAAAAAAAACACUUUUUUUUUCUUUUUGAACUUCCUGUUUAUCUUUCCCACUGCUGCACCAGAAGUGUUAAUACAGCGGGUGAUAUUUUUUUAUGUAUAUUUUAUUUGUUAGAUUUUUGAGACCAGAGGUUCGCUCUCUACGGAAUGACACCAUUUGCCACGCUCAGAGAAGACUGGCUGGCUGUUUCAUACAUGCAUACGUUAUCUGUGUUGUAUAGGAUGCAACUUUUUUUUCUUUUUUUUACAUCAACAUUUAAAAUUUCUAAAGCUUUCAGAUAUUCUAUGUAACCCUUUUUAGUUUAUGAUAAAAAAUAAAGGUGGAAAAAAGUAAAAAAAACAAAAAACAAGAAAUACAAAGAAAAAUUAAGGAUUUGUGUGCUGGCAACAUGAAGCAGAUUUCUACCUGUGAAUGCAAAUGCCCUCGCAUGGUGCACUCCCAACGUUUAUUUUUAUUUUAUUUUGCUCUAGUCAAACACUAUUUGUUACAUUUAUAUAUAAAAUAUUUGUAUAUAUUUUCAGAACCUCUUAUGAACGUUAUAUUAUAGUAAAGUUGCUUGAGUAUGCAUUAGCGCUUUAAUUAUACACUUAUUAUUUUUUUUUUAUAUAAUUGUUUCUAAACUAAUCUUUUCUGGGUUCUGUCAAUAGAACCUCCCCACCCCAACCAUUAAUGGCCAUGUGCAUUGAUGUCUUGUUCCUUCUACGCUUGGAGCCCUGUCCAUGGAGCAAACAUUGUGCUUCCAUUCAGUUCUACAUUUUCAUGGUCGGUGCUCCGUGCAUGUUCUCGGCGAAAAGCUACUUUCAGUCCAGCAAUAUUAGUAAGCGGCUAAUGUGUGUGUAUAUAUACAAUUUUGUAAAUUAAAAUGUUGUACGGAUGUUUCCCUAAGCAGGACACUACCUGAGCUCUUUGGGUUUGCAUGGAGCAAUGAUUUAGUUGAUGCUGAGAUUUGGUUUGUUCAUAUCCAUAUAACGCAAGACCUAGGAAACUGGCUUUUGUGGUGUAUCCCCACUUCUCUCUGAUCCAAGCAUGGCAACCUGUUUUAAUAGGUGUGAACUGAAGCCUAUGGAACCUAAUGGUGUCGACUCCUGGUUUGUAGACCAAGAGGCUUCUUCACUGUUCUUGUCACAUUUACACCACGUUGCUGAACUAUCAGCGAGAACACAUCGUGUUCCACCAUCGGAUGGUUUCUUAGCAUACAAUGUGAACUAUUGUAAGUCACUAUAUAAAUAUAUAUAUAUUGUUUGUGUGUCUUUGCAUGUCUAAACACUGGUUUAUCAUAGUUUGUGCUAUAAAAAAGUGGUUUGUUUCUGUUUAAGCUGUGUACCGAUUACAGGACUGUUUUAUUAAUGCUGCAUUGCACAAACAAACUGCAAAAAAAUCUGAAAAAAAUGUCUGUGAAUAAACUGUUUACAUGUGCAGAUAAUAAUAAAAAUGCUUUUCUCUGCU